AUGUUUGCCGUAGAGUUACAGCAGGAGAUGGAAAGGGAGUGGAAUAUGAAAGUGAGUCUCAAUCACGUGAAAAGUAUUACUAUAGGAAUGCUAAAGGAAUACCAGUCCGGAAAUCUCGAUAACAUCCGCAAACACAUGGAUGAAAUAAAACGUGCCCGGGCUAAUUUGUUGAAACAAAAGUUUAUUAUACCCACUGAGCCUAUUGUAAAACUCAACGCAGUCACUACUGGACGGCCUGUAUAUCUGAUGCCAACCCUUUCGAUUAAUUUUAUAAUGUUUGAAGAGUUGUCACAACAGUUAAACCGACCGGUGAUUGGCCUAAACUGGACCCGUGAAGUGUGCCAACUGUCCACUCUUAAAGAGGUUGGCAAUCAUUAUGUCAAUCUACUGAAACACAUUGAACCAAAAGGGAAGUACGAUGUGGUGGGCUAUUUGGACACUGCCCUCAUUUGCGGUAAAUUACUGGUGAAGGGAAUGGCAGAUAAGGUGGUUAUCGUUGAUCUGAUAAGUGAUGUUCGCUAUUGCGAUGAGGAGUUAACGGAUGAUAUGGUGAUGGAGUUUAUGUUGACUAUAAUGUCCGCCCAAAUGCCAAAUGCUUUUAAAGAUAAAAUUUUACGCAAUUUUAAAAAAGAGGCCGAUAUUAAAGGUAAAGUCAAAUUCAUUGUCAAUGAGAUCGUGGACUUCGCCGGCAAAGGACUGGUGGCCACAGAUAUGGAGGAAAUGUUUCACAUAAUGAUAGCCCGGAUUCCUGACAAAAUACGUGAAUCCGGUGGUAGGGAUAAACGAAUGGUUGCCGAGCUAUGGCGGGCUCUGGGCAUCGACCCCGACAAUACCCCCGAUCACCUAACCCUGGGUGAGAUUGGGUUGGAGUCCAUGUUUGCCGUAGAGUUACAGCAGGAGAUGGAAAGGGAGUGGAAUAUGAAAGUGAGUGUCAAUCACGUGAAAAGUAUUACUAUAGGAAUGCUAAAGGAAUACCAGUCCGGAAAUCUGGUUAACAUCCGCAAACACAUGGAUGAAAUAAAACGUGCCCGGGCUAAUUUGUUGAAACAAAAGUUCAUUAUGCCCACUGAGCCUAUUGUAAAACUCAACGCAGUCACUACUGGACGGCCUGUAUAUCUGAUGCCAACCCUUUCGAUUAAUUUUAUAAUGUUUGAAGAGUUGGCACAAAAGUUAAACCGACCGGUGAUUGGCCUAAACUGGACCCGUGAAGUGUGCCAACUGUUCACUCUUAAAGAGGUUGGCCAUCAUUAUUUCAAUCUACUGAAACACAUUGAACCAAAAGGGAAGUACGAUGUGGUGGGCUAUUUGGACACUGCCCUCAUUUGCGGUAAAUUACUGGUGAAGGGAAUGGCAGAUAAGGUGGUUAUCGUUGAUCUGAUAAGUGAUGUUCGCUAUUGCGAUGAGGAGUUAACGGAUGAUAUGGUGAUGGAGUUUAUGUUAACUAUAAUGUCCGCCCAAAUGCCAAAUGCUUUUAAAGAUAAAAUUUUACGCAAUUUUAAAAAAGAGGCCGAUAUUAAAGGUAAAGUCAAAUUCAUUGUCAAUGAGAUCGUGGACUUCGCCGGCAAAGGACUGGUGGCCACAGAUAUGGAGGAAAUGUUUUACAUAAUGAUAGCCCGGAUUCAUAUGGAGGAAAUGUUUUACAUAAUGAUAGCCCGGAUUCGUAUGCUAUCGGAGUAUAGACUCAAUAAACGCAAGAAGGUUUCAAAUCGACUGAAACUCGCGAUCGCAAAGAAAUGGACGAAAAAGACCGGGAAAUUGGUUUUGAUUAAACCGGUUAACUUGGAAGUGGUCAACGAUCUGGAUGCUCUAAUGGAAGAAACACGUGACAUUUAUUUCCUACCCGAACCUCAGGAUGAGCUGGCUAAGGUACAAAUGGAAAAUGUGGACACUCAGAGCACCUUACAAUCGCUGGCAACUGAGGAUGAGCUGGCUAAGGUACAAAUGGAAAGUGUGGACACUCAGAGCACCUUACAAUCUCUGGCAACUGAGGUACAAAUGGAAAAUGUGGACACUCAGAGCACCUUACAAUCGCUGGCAACUGAGGUUACAGAUAAAAUUAUGACCGUGUUAAAUUAAAUUUUACAUUAUUAUAUUGGUGAUUGUACAUUUUUAAAAC